AUGUAUGGUAACGUCGGUCUUUCAACUCCCAGAGGCUCAGGAACUAAUGGCUAUGUGGUCCGAAAUCUUUCUUUCAUCCGAACACGUAAAGAUACAACUCAGUUUGAAUCUCUUGAGGAGAGCAAAUCUAAAGCUUCUUCGCUUUUAAACCGUAAACCGAAUCAAGAUAUUUUGGAUCACGAAAAGAAGAGACAAGUUGAAAUUCAGUGUAUAAAAUACCGACAAAAACUUGAAGACGAGGGGAAAUAUAAAGAAACCGAAAUUGAAGAUCUAGUAAACAAACAACGUCAAAAAUUAUUGUCAACCCUUGAUAAAAUGAAAGAUGAAAAGAACAUACAGGAACAUCAAGUUCAUCAACUUUCACAAGCGAAGGCUACGGAAAAUGAAAAAAUGAUGCGAGCAUUAGGAAUUAAACGACAGGAUUAUGUGGAAGGUGCAGCAUUCGAUCGAGAUUUACAGGAACAAAAGAAACGGGAUCAUUUAAAUAAUGAAAAACAAAUGAGGGGAAAUCUUGUGAAUUAUAAUUUUAUGGAGUACAUUGGCAUUAAUAAAAUUCCUUGA